AAUAGAGUCAAAUCAGAACCUUGAAUUCUCUUGAAGCUGCAUAGGCUCUCACAUGAGAAAGCCUCUCUCAUACUAUUUCCAAGCUUUCAUCUCCUAAUUAAACCCAUUGACGUCACCCAAUCCAUAAUUACCGGCCUUAAACGGCCACACAACAAAAUAAGCCCCUCCAAAAAAGAAAAAUGUCAUCAUCCUCAGAAACUCCAGUCCCGACACCACCAGAUGACCCGAUCAACAUCCCAAGCGGGACCGCCUCCCCCGGGCUCGGCGGCGACGACGACGACGAGGAUGACCCCAUAGUAGAGACGUACAACGUCUUCCUCAAGCCCGAGCUCCCCGCCCACCAACAACUCUUCGUCCUGCAGCACCCGAACCGGUCCGCGCCCUACAACAGCGCGGCGACCGAGCUCCGCCUCAAGCCCAACAGCGGCAUGGUCGAGCUGGACAUGCCGGUCAACACCGGCAGCGCCUACGACAAGGCCAAGGGAGUCAUGUGGGGCAAGGCCCUGUCCCAGGUCAACACUGCCCGGUCCGGCAACGCCACCAUGGGUCUGGCUGGCGGCUUCGGCGUCGGCGCACCGCCCAUGAGGAUCGCACCGGGCGAGAGGCGGCGGAGGGAUCGCGAGGACGACGACAUCGAGGUCGUUGGUGGUGGCAUUAGUUCUGCAGACUUCAACGAGGCCCUCAGAAGGGACAAGGUCCUCCGCACCCAGGUUGUAGGCGGCAAGAUGAACAAGACCGGCAGAGGGCAGACGAGGUAUAUGGUCGGCGUCUUCAGCGGCGAAAACGUCCACCUGACACCGAUAACGAACCUGGGCAUGAUGCGGCCCCAACUGCACCACAUCGACGCCAAGGCCGACCUGGAGCGCGCGACCCGCCGCACCGACGGGCCCGGUUCAGGAGGCGGCGGCUCGACGACGGCGGCAGCAGCGGCAGCCGACUCCAAGGCCGCGGCGGCGCGCGCCAUCCACAUGACGGUCAAGUCGGCGGGCGCCGUCGAGAGCGACGACAAGCACGUCGUCGAGACCAUGGCCGACAAGCUACGCUCGGUGCAGAUGGAGCCGUGGCGACGCCUCGCCUACGUCGACGAGAGCACCGACGACGCCUGGGCCCUGUACGAGGAGAGCUUCGUGCACCGCGGGCUCGACGCCGCGGCGGCCCUCGUCGCGGGCGAGGCUGGCGGAGAGAGUGAGGACAAGAAGCAAAAGGGCGUCGCUGGGGCUGACGGCGAAGGGGACGACGAGACGGCGAGGUUGGUUGAUCGCGUGCCGAGGUUGAGGACGGAGUGGGACGAGAAGACCUUGAUGAGCGUUAUCAGUGGAAGAGGCAUACCGGAAAAGACCAAGCAGGGGGGAAAUAAGGGCUCUGCGAUGGAUCUUGAUGAUUGA